AAUGUAUAAAUUAGCAGUCUGCACAUUGCUUAUCCUUAGCGUUACAGCAAUAGAUGUUACCAACUCAGUUUGGACAAGUCAUGACCAAAAAGCUUUUGCCUAAAUCAAAUAAUCUGGUUGGGGAAAUUUCAUUUUGAACUUUGGUGAACUCCAUUUAACUACAGGAGGUAUCCUUGCAGAAUUAAACACUGAAAUUGCUAAACUUGUAAUUACUUUUUUCAUUAAUUCGUUUAGAUUGACGAAUUAGAUGAAGAAUUAGCAGAAGUCCAUCACUAAUAUGCAAGAAGAACAGAUGUUCACAACAGAGAAGUCAAUAGACUUUCAUAAGAAAUCUAAGAUAAAGAAAGAGGUAACCUUAUUAACUCUAUAUAAUUUAGAGGUCUUCAAUGCUCAUGAUUUCUAUGAUAAUGUUUUAAUCCCAUAAAGAGAUAGAUUUGCUGCUUAACUUGAAUAAUUAUAAGAUAACAUUGUUUAAAACAGAAGAACACUUAAUGAAGCUACAGUCUAAAGAGCUAAUGAUCAUGCUGAAUUUGAAUCCUUAGUUGCUGAGCACAAUGAAGCUAUUAGUGCUAUUGAUGAAUCCUUAUAAUUAUUAAGUCAAUUGGAAUCACCAUCCCUUGUUCAAAUUUAAAAGGUCUAAAAGAAUUUGACUAAAAUCCAAUAAUCCCUUAAGAGACACAGCACAUUCUAAACCUUCAUCAAGACUCUCUUAGAAAUUGCAGUUGAAGCAAACUUUGCUGAUUAAGGUGCUCUUAGAGAAGUAACUAAUUCUUAUGAGAUCUCUCUUAGAUUCUUACUGCCUUCAACAACUUGAGAGUUUAAUUGGUUGACUCACUCAAUCAACUCACUGCUGACGAAGCUGAAGCAUAAAAAGACUUCGAAGCAAGAGUUAUCUAAUUAAACUAAGAACAUGCUGAAUUCCAAAGAGCUGUUGUUGUAAAGACUGCUGAAAUCGAGGCUAAUGCAAGUAUUGAAUUUCAUACUAUUAAUUUCUAGACAAGAUUGAAUAAACCCUUGAUUUGAUUGAUGUCUUACAUGCUGAUUUGGAUACUUUGAAUGGAUAAUUGUAAGCAGAAAAUGAUGACUACGCCUUUGCAACUGAUGUGUACAAUGCCACUGUUGCAGAAUACAAUAAGGAAUUAAAUGCUGCCCAUUAAGCUUUGGAUUUAUUAAAUUAACCAAGAUUCACCGAUUAUGUUAAAUCAUAACUCAAGGGAGCAUUUUGAUA